CUCUUGCUGAACAGUUGAUUCAGUUGUCGCCAUUCAACAGGUGCAGUGUCGCGGACGGAACUACGCUUCGAGCGCCAUUAGAGCUUAUUCUGCCCACUAUUUUUUUUUGCAAGAUGAGCUAUUUGCUUUUGUUCACGCUGGUCUAUUUACAUGUCAUAUAGUACAAUUCCCGUUAAGUGUAAUUUUUUUACGGUUAAUUUAAUUCUAAACGCGUAGUAACAAAUACGCCUUAUUGGUCCAAAAUGAAGCAAAUAAAAUGAACCAUGCGAAGACGCAUUGCGAAACUAGUUUAUACUACAGUGUUGACUGCCUAGCUGGUCUUCACACAUUUGCUAAUGGCAACUAAUUAAACGGCAAGCUGAGGAGAGGAAACAACAAAAUAACAAUAAUAAGAAUAAGAAUAAUAUAAUAAAAGUGCAUCACAAAAAUGAAGUGGACAACAUUUGGAUUACAAUUUGAUAUUUUAACAUUAUUUGUGCUUUGGGUGCUCGUCUGCUGUGCUCAUCAGGCAAGCACCAACUGCUAUGACAGCAGCAGUGGCUUCAAUACCAAUCCAAAUGCUCUGCCAGCUGAGGAUGGCAAUGAAACUUAUACCACAGACACGACACCGAUGCCGACCGCCGAUGCUUCCGUUUGGAAGUGUUGCUGCUGGGAAGCAACCAAUCAAAACCUUUUUCCGGAGGAUGAGUUCGAGUGCCGUUGCGAGGGUGAGGCGCUGACACGUGUGCCACAAACAUUGAAGUUGCCCCUCCAAAGGCUAACAAUUGCAUCAGCGGGCUUGCCGAGGCUACGCUCCAUCGGAUUGAAGGUGUAUGCCAGCACAUUGCUGGAUGUUGCCUUUACGGACUGUCCGCAACUCGAGACCAUUGAGAACGGUGCCUUCUCCAAUUUAACGAUUCUACGCACUAUCUAUAUCUCAAAUGCGCCAAAACUAAAGUACCUUUCCAAAGAUGUUUUCGAGGGAAUUUCGAAUAAAAUUGAUAUUAUACGCAUUAUAAAUAGUGGUUUGACAAGCGUGCCCGAUCUUGGACACCUACCACCCAAUACUAUAUUGCAAAUGAUAGAUCUCGAUAAUAAUCAAAUUUCUCGAAUUGAAUCCAAAUCGAUUCAAGUGAAGACUGCACAAUUCGUUUUAGCAAACAAUGACAUAACCUAUAUUGAUGAUUCCGCAUUCCUCGACUCUAAAAUAGCAAAACUUUCUUUAAAGCAAAAUCGCAGACUUAGCGAGAUUCAUCCGAAUGCGUUCAAUGGCAUCAUAGAUAUGACAGAACUUGAUCUCUCGAGUACUUCGCUGGUUCGCUUGCCAGCUGCUGGACUCCAGACCAUCGAAGUAUUAUACAUAAUGAAUACGCACACUUUGAAAACGAUACCCUCCAUAUAUAAUUUUCAGAACUUGCAGAAAGCACACUUAACACACUCCUUCCAUUGCUGUGCGUUUAAAUUCCCCUCGAGACACGAUCCCCAAAGACACAAGAAACACGAGGAAGAAUUGCGUAAAUUGCAGGAGCAGUGCAAAAGUGAUCGAGAUAUGCACAAUAAUGUUGCAACAAACAUUAUAAUACCUACCAAAUCAAUGGAGGAUGCGGUUGGGAUGCCUAAUGGGAAAGGCAAUUGGGGCAUUGAAAAUGGCGAUUGGAAUAACAAUGAGCUCAUCGAUUCGCCUGAAGCUUUGCCCAAUAUGGAUGACUAUAUGGCUGAUGCGACAAUGAACAACCUUGGAGUUUUCCAUACUGAGAUUACAAUCAAUCCAGAUGAUAAUCAAAUGACUGAGUUUUGCGGCAACUUUACAUUCAGAAAACCGAAUAUUGAGUGUUACCCCGUGCCGAAUGCCCUAAAUCCAUGCGAGGAUGUCAUGGGCUAUGAGUGGCUGCGCAUAGCUGUUUGGAUUGUUGUUGCCUUGACUAUAGUGGGCAAUGUAGCAGUCCUCACUGUCAUUCUAUCGAUUAAAUCGGAGAGCCCAUCUGUGCCACGGUUUCUCAUAUGCCAUUUGGCUUUUGCCGACUUAUGCUUGGGUCUCUAUUUGCUGCUUAUUGCAUCAAUUGAUGCACACUCAAUGGGACAAUAUUUUAACUACGCCUACGAUUGGCAAUACGGUUUUGGUUGCAAGGUCGCCGGCUUUUUAACCGUAUUUGCAAGUCAUUUGUCGGUGUUUACCCUGACUGUCAUCACAAUUGAACGCUGGUUUGCCAUCACGCAUGCAAUGUAUCUAAAUAAACGUAUCAAACUGGGACGUGCUUCUGUAAUUAUGAUAACUGGUUGGCUUUACGCCAUAACGAUGUCCUCCCUGCCCCUAUUUGGUAUCAGUAAUUAUUCAUCAACUAGUAUUUGCCUGCCAAUGGAGCAACGCGAUAUAUACGACUCGGUAUAUUUGCUAAUGAUAUUGGGUAGCAAUUUUAUUGCAUUCACUAUUAUUGCAAUAUGCUAUUCGCAAAUCUAUCUAUCUCUUGGCCAGGAGACGCGUAAUGCACGUCAGAACAAUCCCGGCGAGAUGAGUAUUGCCAAGAAAAUGGCACUUCUGGUAUUCAUCAAUUUUAGUUGUGGGGCACCAAUUGCAUUUUUUGGCCUUACUGCUUUAGCAGGCUACCCUUUGAUCAAUGUUACAAAGUCGAAAAUAUUAUUGGUAUUCUUCUAUCCGUUGAACUCGUGUGCGGAUCCAUAUUUGUAUGCCAUCUUAACAUCUCAGUAUCGUCAGGAUUUGUUCCUCUUAUUCUCCAAAUUGGGAAUUUGUCGCAAGAGCGUGAUGAAAUACAAAUACAGUGACUCGAUGCCUCACACAUCACAUUUCACCAUACGCAACUCCAUUGAACAACCAAAUGCAUUUCCCCACAAGGCUCCAAAUGGUGCGGGCGCCGAGACACAGAAAAUGCUGAUAAAUAAUGAAGAUUAUGUAUGUUAGAGCUAAACAGUCAACUGUUAACAUUGGUUCCGUCCUUUGCUCUGGUAAAAUGGAAAUG